AUGGUAAAGAAAGUGAAUGUAAGUCAAUAAAACCCGCUUAAAAUACACUUUCUAAUAUUUUAGAAGAAAAAGCCAACGAAUGCGGACCAAUUACGAGAAUUUACAGCCCAAUUCUCGGAUGUAACAGCUUUAAUUCGGCCGGAUUUAGCCAAGAUUCAGGAGUUGGACAAGGAAUGUGAAGUUCGACAACGUUUUGUGGAGAAUUUGACCGGUCCCAUACUUCAGACGUUUCAGUCCACUCGGAAAGAUGUUAGAGCGAAGAGAUUUAAGGCUUUAAAGGUUUGUAAUUUUGGUUUAUUAUCAGUGUUUAGAGCGCUUUGGCAAAAUUGGAACAGCUUUCCACGGAGAAGGUAAAAUUGGCCAUGAAGAACUACGAAACGUUGGAUAACUAUGUUGAUGAGCUUGACACCAAGUAUGCGAGUAUUGGUAAGGAUUUUUGAAGGUUUAACGAUGAUGAUUUUACUGAAAACACAAUUUUAAACAAGAAAUGGCAGUAAAAGCAAGGAUUUUCUUGAUGUUUAUGUGAUAACUUUUUGACCUUGUUUGAUAAAAACGUGAAAGUUGGUGUGAUUGUUGGCUGUUCUUUUACCUAUCUAACCACAUUAACAAGAUUUUUUAAAAUCCGCAAAUUUUAAAGUUACAGUAAUUUAACCAUGACCCUACCAUCAUAAUUUUCAGUAGCCGAAACCUCCGCCCAAUCAACAUCCAGCCAAAAAUCGACAAAACAGAAGAAUUCGACCAAGAAAGUGGAAGAAGUGAAGCAAGAAAAGUUCGAUCCAACCACAGUGGUCGACAUGCCGGUCGAUCCGAACGAGCCAACCUAUUGUCUAUGUAAUCGCGUAUCAUUUGGGCAGAUGGUAAUGUGCGACAACAAAACCUGCCUAACCGAAUGGUUCCAUUUCGAUUGUGUUGGAUUGACCGCCCCACCUAAAGGCAAAUGGUAUUGUCCUAUCUGCAAAGAGCGAUAA